UUGCUAGUUAUAAUUAUUUCUCAAUUUAUAAUUUACUUCUUGAGGUGUUCUAUUACUUUCACUCCUAUUUGAGUUGCUCUCCCUUACAUAUUUUGUGAGCCCCGUGUUCUGGUGGUGGCUGUCGAAGCGCAGUGAAUUUACAGCAGACUCGAGUUUUUAAAAGAUGCUGAGAGCGUGUUUGACUAGAGAAAUACGAAAAUCUUGGUCCCUGACUUUAUAAAAUAAUUGUCAACCAGUGUUGUGCCGUAACAGCUAUGGCCGAUUCUUUGCUCUUUGCAGGUCUUCAUUUUAACAAGAAAAGGUUUUCAGCCGAUUUUCUCAAGUUUGAGGAAAAACCUAAAGAUAAAGAUGUAACGCCGCCACAAGUUUUCCAGGCGGAGGAGGGGGAGGAGGAGCGGGGUCAAGUGGAGACCAGGAAGGAAAAAAAGCAAAAGCUUAAGUCUUUUGAGGAAAUCAACGAGGUGUUCAACGUAUUUAAGAGGCCUAAGUCUUUAAGGGAGCAUGCCGAGGAGAAGACGCAGGUGCAAGCGCAAGCUCGGGUUGAGGAGAAGGAGCAUUUUCGAAAGCAAGAGGUGUGCGCAUCCCUGCGAAAGAAAUAUGGCAUAUAUGUGGCAGGUGAAGAUGUUCCUUCACCACUUGAAGGCUUCGACGAGCUAAAGUCCAGAUAUGGAUGCAAGUCAUAUUUGAUGCAAAAUUUGGCCAAAUCUGGCUUCAAGGAGCCUACACCAAUUCAACGUCAGGCUAUUCCUGUUCUUCUUUCACGGCGGGAAUGCUUUGCUUGUGCUCCAACUGGUUCGGGGAAGACACUUUCCUUCCUUAUACCCAUUCUUAUGAAUUUGAAGGCUUAUCACCAUCUUUUUAAACAGAGAGCAUCUAAAGAUGGCAUUCGAGCUGUGAUUCUGUGUCCAACACGCGAGUUGGCUGCCCAAACAACAAGGGAAUGCAAAAAAUUUAUUGAAGGCAGGAAAUUUCGUAUUAGACUAAUGACAAAGUCUCUGGCUAGAUGUGCCGACUUUGAAAAGUUGCCUGUUGAUAUCCUGGUGUCUACACCACUUCGUCUAGAUUUUGUUUUGGGAAAGGGGAAGCUCAAUCUUAGUAGUGUUGAAUAUCUUAUUCUUGAUGAGUCAGAUAAGUUGUUUGAACUUGGGUUUGUUGAACAAAUUGAUUCAGUAGUAAAUGCUUGUUCGAGUCCUUCAGUUGUCCGCUCAUUAUUCAGUGCUACUUUACCUGAUUCUGUUGAGGAGCUUGCUCGAACCAUCAUGCAUGAUCCAAUUCGAAUACUUGUUGGUAGAAAAAAUUCAGCUUCACAGUUGAUACAACAAAGACUACUGUUUGUUGGAAGUGAGGAAGGGAAACUUCUUGCCCUCAGGCAAAUUUUCAAGGAGAGUUUGAAACCUCCUAUAUUGAUAUUUGUCCAAAGUAAGGAACGGGCAAAAGAACUUUACAAAGAGCUAGUAUUUGAUCAAAUAAAAGUUAACAAUAUCCAUGCCGAUCUCACUCAGGCACAGCGUGAAAGUGCAGUGGAGAAAUUUCGUGAGGGUAAAACAUGGGUUUUAAUUGCAACUGAUGUCAUUGCUCGAGGAAUGGACUUUAAGGGUGUCAACUGUGUCAUUAAUUACGAUUUUCCUGAAUCAUCUGCAGCAUACAUCCAUCGAAUUGGUCGCUGUGGAAGGGCAGGACGGACAGGGGAAGCGAUAACUCUGUAUACAGAGGAUGAUGUUGCCUUUUUGCGUAAUAUAGCUAAUGUUAUGGUGGCCUCUGGUUGUGAAGUUCCUUCAUGGAUUUUGACUUUGCCGAAGCUCAGGAGGAAAAAACAUUGUCCUCUCCGAGAUUCUAUUUCGACAAAUCCUUCUAAAUCUCAGAUAUCUAAGAAGACUGCAUAACACACAACAAAAUAUGUGUCAAUCGGUAUAGUAUUUCUUAUUGCCGCAGAGGGCAUCGUGCAAGGAAUCUUCUAUCUAAUUUUCAGGGGACCAUUUCCUAUUAUGUCUGGCUGCUAAUAUUCUAUCACAGCAAUAAAAAAUGUGGAAAACAUAGGUGUCUGGUUGUUAAGUCUUUUGUAAAUAUUUGUGGUACAACUUAACCAUGUUUUCUUUUCCUCUUCCAAUUUGAGGGAAAUUUUGGAAAGCAUGCUAACUUUAUGAAUUUUCUCAGCGUAUCGUGAAAUCCCAUUCAAUAGUGAUUUGCGAGGUUUCAAAUAUUUUGAAUAGUAAUCACAGCUUUCUUUACUAAAUAUAAUCUACUUGCUGAGGCUUGACCCAACUCUGGAGCAGAUCAUUCACUGAAUCUAUCAGAUGGGAGGGAGGAAGAGUGCUAAGUUUAAUGAGAAUGCCUUUAUAUUUAUUGUCUCCAUUAUCAUAUUUAUUUUUUAGUUUGUUGUUAUUAAGGAAUGUUUUUGCUGUUGGCAAGCGCACUCUCAACUACUAGUAGAGCUGCACUCAUUUUAUAGCACAGUUCCCAACUGGCAAGAUGAGGGAGUGUUAAUGACAAUUCCUUGUAUUGACUCCAUUUUCAAAUUAAUUAAAACAAUUUUUUGUUGUCA